GCAUUGUCUGUGAGAAGCUCGAAAGUGUCUUGAGGGUUUCACUUGAACUCUUAUAAUGCAAUGAGACUUUGGUGAAAUUGUCGAAUUUGCGAUUCCUCAACCUGAACUUUAUCACUUGUAGGACAAUAACAAGACUCUUUGAUACAGCACAUCAUCAGACUUUACAUUGGCCUCCUAGGAUUGAUCACUAGCAGUAACGACUUCGCACAGAAUUGUCUUUCUCGUCCAAAAUGAUCACUCUCAAAGCCCUUGAACAUUGGGCUGUUGGCGAAAAAGAUCACAAAGGAGAAAUCAUCACAGAGCAACGCAUUAACAGUGCCCACAAAGAUUUAUCUAGAAGGUAUCCAAACGAUCUUCCCAUGAUCAUUCAAAAGAUGGUGAUGGGUCUCUUCAGGAUGGAGCUAUUGGACUUUGAGAAGAAGCACCUCUCCAUUAUAUACGCAGCUAGCAUGGCAAUCAAAAGAUGGGAGAAUCUGCCAAUGUCCUUAAAGAAGCCAAAGAACCAAGUUACACACCUAGAUGCCGAACUAUGUGAAUACAAAGAAAUUUGUCUUCACAAAGGAAAGGACGAUCUUGCCUUGGCUUUAUACAAAAGAAAUAGAAUUUCAGCAGAAUCGUACGCCAAUUUUUGCGUAGAAUUCUUCGAUACCUCCGUGGAUAAACCAGCACCGCCCACCAAGCAAGUCAUCACAUCAAAGCAAGUCAUCACACCAAAGCAAGUCAUCGCACCAAAACAAGUCAUCACACCAAAGCAAGUCAUCGCACCAAAGCAAGUCAUCGCACCAAAACAAGUCAUCGCGCCAAAGCAAAAUCCUGUACCAAGAAGCCUCCUUCCAUCUCAGCAAGUCCUUCAACAUACUCUAACUUCCCCUCCACCUUCAUAUACAUCUAGACUUCACGAUUCUCCCCCCGUACUUAAAACUACCAGCAUUCCUGUUGCCGAUCCUAGCUUCACAGCCGAACUAGAAGCUGCUCCUGUCAAAGCCAAACCUGUUCUCUUACCUCCUCCGACCAAUUCUGUUACUAGGAUCGUAAGUGUUAAUCUCCCCAUCCCGCCUCCCCACCCCACACAAAAUUCGUCGCCGAGCUCCGGGAAUACACACAGUUGUGUCUCAAAUCCAAAGGAGACCUGGCUUAUGCCCUGUAUCUGCGCGGUCGAUUCUCCGAAGAAGAGUAUACGAGAUUUUGUGCCGAGUAUCGGGAGGGCGAUAUUCCGAAAUAGAUGUCCUGUUUUUUACUUUUAUUUUUGGGAUGUGGAAAUGAUGGGAUAGUGGAUAGUGGAUAGUGAGUGGGGUUGCGUGUACGUCUUGGAAGUAGGGUUUAUGGAGGAAGCGUGGGCAAGUUUUGAAUUUCUGGGCGUUGAAAUA